AGUUGGGAAAGAACGCUGCUGAAUCCUUCCCUCCUGACGAGUUUCGAUCCCCUCGCUGAUCUUUUCCACACAUCGCCAUAAAACUUUACAGCAAUGGCGGAUGCUCCAAGGCCACCCAGCUCAAUCGUGAGCAUAGUCGCUUACGGCCUUCAACUCUCUACGAGCUUGGAAAUCUACGCCGAAGGGUAUUCAGGCUCAAAAGAGAAGCUCUAUGACCUCUCAGCCGACAUAAGUGCUACAGCAGCAGCAUUGAUGCAACUUCAACAUGUCGUUGAGAGUGACAGAGCUACUCCAGACACCUCGACCAAAGUGCUGAAGGAUGAAGGUGUCCAAGAGAUCGAGAACGUGGCAGCGCAGUGUGAAAAGAUGUACAAAACUGUUGUCAUUAUCGUCUCCAAAGCUGGGACAACAGCCAACAAGGGGAAGUCAGCAGUCGAUUUCGGGGACUUACCUGUGUUGAAGCCAUCGAGCUUGUUCCGGGACCUGAGGUGGGCAUGGCUGAGUCCUCGGAUCAAGAGGAUUGAUGAGCAGAUGCGAUGGAUAAAGAUGAAGGUCUUGCUCAAUCUUCAGCUUGCUGAACUCGCAAAAGUCCAACUAGGGAUUCCGACCAGAGCUCCAGGAAGUUUCACUGAAGAGCUAGCUUUGAGAGUUAUGGCCCAUCGGCUUAGACGACGAGAGAUGAGAUAUUUUGAGAAGCUUUCCACCAAAUACCGGGUCAAGCCAUUCGAAUUCGACUCUCCAUAUACUGCAAGCGUCGUUUCUAUCCCUGAUUACGUCCCACCUCCAAUGCCAAAUCCAGGACCAGCUGGAUUUAGCUGUGGAUUUGCAAACGAGGGGCCUUCGUCCAUACCUUUCAGGCCAUCAGUGCCAGAGACGAAUAAGGUUCCCCCAUUUCCCUCAGUCGACGAGGUGGUUGUGAUUGAAGAACACGAUCCCCCAGCAAGACCCAAGGAGCCACUAACCCAGCCGGUCAAAGAAAACAACGAUGAACCACUCUGCUCCACCAUGCCGCCUCCGCCACCUGCUGCUUGUAGCACGAGAAGUAAUACCAUGGUACCAGACCUGCAGAGUGAGAGAGGGGCUGCUGAUUUGAAAGAUGCUACCACGAAGGUUGAUGUUGAAGAAGCAAAGCCGGUUGAACCAGCACCCGUAAAGCCUCAGGAGCCAAAUGGCGAACCAUCCACUACGACGGAUGACAAGCCCAUGGCAGAUGGAGCCGAAGCGGAAAAAUCUGCAGACAAGCCAGCAGCUGUUUCCGCUAUUCCCGAAUUCGAGAACAGGCAGAGUUUCUUCCCGGCCUGGCUUACAGGGAUGUUUGGCCAAGGCAACAAGCUCUCCAGUGACUGGGAAAGCCAGACACUCGAAGCAUUCAUUAUUCCCGAGAACUCGCAAGGGAUACUCAAAGUCCCAUUCGGCCAUCAGAACCUGACUCAAGGUCUGAGACGAAUGAGAAAGCAAUGUCUGCCUUGGGACCAGUACACUGCACUCGGGUCGCAGCAUCACAAACGUAUCAGCCAAGCAGUCCUUGAAGCGAAGAAGCUGGACUCACGAGAGAGGACUUGCGUCGCUGUUGGUCUAAACAAAGAAUAUGGAGCCGAAAGAAUUAUGCUAUUCUUCUUGGUUGGUGCUCCCGUGGAACCAAUUCAUUUCAAGGAUGCAGUGGGUCGCAAGUACACCUUCCCAUACGAGCAAGCUCGUACAUUUCCGCUCAUGAAACGCCUCAUCGAUCAAGCCUUUUUGCAUGUCGAAGGCUUAGGGCCUCAUGUUAAGGAAGGCCAUUACGAUCUCAUCGACGAAGAGGGAAAGAUCAUCCUGCCAAAUCUCUAUGACCAGUCGGUCAAACCGGGAAGUGAGAUCUCGCAGCAUAUGUGGCCGUUUCCAACGCCUCCGCCUCCCAGUCAUUUCAACAAAAGACCUGGUCCUCCGCCUGCACCACAAAAUCCUCCACCAGCUCCACCUCGUGACUGGCCAGGAGGGCCACCUCCUCAGGCUCCUCAAAGAGCUGCUGGGCUCGCGGUUCCCCCUCUUGGUCCCGGUGUGCCUCCCGGUGGGCCUCCCGGUGGGCCUCCCGUCAUCGUCAACUUGGUUAGGCCGCCAUCGGGUCCGAGCCAACCUGCCCGCGGAGUCCUCAGCUGGAUGGCUGGGAACAAGUCAGAUGACUCCAGCUUCUUGGCUUCAGACUCAGAUAUCGAGGAUGAGCCUGAGGACUUAGGGCUUGAGAUUGAUUUUGAUAAGGAGGAGGAGAACGCGAAGCUUAAUCUUGGAGAAUUGCUUGGGAAGUUAACCAAUGCUACCGAUACCGUGCACGAUGUCUUCUCUGAUGAUGAGGAUUCGAGCGAUGAUGAUAGCGAUGCUUCCAGCAGCCUGGUUUCCGAUUGAUGGAUAUAAGAGGGAUGAAUAGGGUGUGGUAUCAUGAUAACGGCCAAUCUUUUCCUCCUUGUUCAUGGUUUUAUGAUAGGUAUUUAAGUUGUAUCGAAAGCAAUCCUGAGAUGACACGUUUCCCUUGUGCAUGAAACUCCGCUCGGAAAGAAGAAACUAUUGAGAAACAAUUUUCCAGAAAGGAAUGGAGAAAGUGGCAGCAUAUAAAACACCCAAAUCCAUUGUUGCUAGCGGCA